GACAAUUGCAGCCUUCAACCAUCUGGUGCGACAAGUCCGAAGCGUCGACAAUCUCCCGCGAUGUCCUCUCUAUAUAACCUCGAGCCGCAACCCACGGCCUCAUGCAUCCUGCACACCACGAACGGCGACAUCUCCCUGGAGCUCUGGGCCCAACAGGUCCCUCUCACAUGCCGCAACUUCCUGCAACACUGCCUCGAUGGGUACUACGAUAACACAAUCUUCCACCGUCUGGUGCCGGGGUUUAUUCUACAAGGUGGUGACCCGACCGGUACAGGAUCGGGCGGGGAAUCGAUAUACGAUGGCGGGGCGUUCGGCGAACCGCGACCGCCUGAGGGGAAUGGGAUCUGGCCGAUGGAGGAGCGCAAAGGCAAGAACGCCGGGGCGCAUGGCGCCGGGUUCAAGGACGAAUUUCACAGUCGGCUGAAGUAUAACAGGAGAGGCUUACUGGGGAUGGCCAACGAGGGACCCGAUACGAAUGGGAGUCAGUUCUUCUUGACGUUGGAAAACACCCCCGAGCUGCAGGGAAAGAACACUCUUUUUGGAAGGGUUGUGGGAGAUACCAUAUAUAACUUGGCCAAGAUUGGAGAGGCAGAGGUGGAGGAUAAUAGGCCUAUUUAUCCUGUGACGCUUACAAGCGUUGAGGUGCUGCAGAACCCGUUCAAGGACAUGGUUACAAGAUCACGCACAGCUGCGCCCACGAUAUCAGAAAAACCAGCACCGAAGCCUAAAAAGAGGAAGCUCACAAAACAGCUCCUCAGCUUCGGCGCCGACGAAGAAGAAGGGGACGACGCACCUGUGCUGAAGAAGGCCAAAUUUGACACUCGAAUCGUCAUGGACGCUGAACUUGCGGCAGCUCCGACGAUCUCGGGAUCUAAACCAGAGAAGAAGGCGGAGAAGAAAGCCCAAAAAAUAAUCAAGAAGCCUAUAUCCGUCAAAUCGUCGCCCGAGCCAUCACCAGCCCCUAAAUCGCUGCCCUCACGGCCUUCUAAACCCGUCACCCGCGAGCCCUCAUCCUCCCCAGAGCCAGUCCAGAAGGUAUCUUCCCUCCUCGAUCGCACCAACGCACAGAUUGCCGAGCUCAAAGCCUCGAUGAAACGCACUGUCACUGCCGCCCCCGUGGCUGCUCCCAAGAAAUCCGCUCUCGAGUCUAUGAUCCCGUCGACUUCGAUCCGUGGGCGGAAGCGCAAGCCCGGCGGAGGUGGCGCGGCAUCCGACCAGCAGGCUCUGGAUAUUCUGAAGGCGUUUCAGGCGAAGCUUGACAGUGCGGGGCCGGAGAAGGAGGUUGAGAGCUCGACGCCCCUGGUGGGUGUGGAGAGCAAAGAAGACGAUGGUGAUGGAGAUGAGGAGGCUGCGCUCUGCGAUUUGCACUUCAUUGCUGAGUGCCAGUCUUGCAAGUCGUGGGCUGCGCAAGCUGAGGGCGCCGAUGCCGAAGAUGAAGAUGACGGCGCGUGGAUGUCACAUGCACUGUCGUUCCAGGCGGAUAAGCUAGGGAAGGACCUGAGCUAUCGCAAAAAGGCGGAGGAGGAGUUGGUGGUGAUUGAUCCUAGGGAGAAGGCGAGGACGCUGAAAGAAGAGAAGAAGGCGCAGAGAGAUGCGAGGAGUGGAGGGGGAAGUAGGGCGUGGGAUGCGGCGAAGAAUGAGAAGAUGUCCAGGGCAGCGGGGUUGGCGGGGAGGGGGGCGAAGUGA